AUGCAGCAAGCGUUUUCAAUGGAGAGCAGAGGAAACCAACUUCCUGGUGAGAGGUUUUGCCCCAUGGAGGACGAGCUAAUUCUCUUCUACCUCAAGCCGAUGUUAAGUGGAGAGAGAGUGCCGGGCAGAAACAAAGUGGUGUUCGAUUGCGAUCUUUACGGUCAUCAAGAACCUUGGGAGAUAUGGGAGGCCUACAAGUCCAAAAGACCAAACGACUUGAGGCUCAACAAGGAUCUCUACUUCUUCACCCAACACAAGAAGAUGAGUUCCACAGAUAAACGCAUACGCCGAACCGUUGGAAGCGGCACCUGGCAUGGGAACAUCGGCAAGCCAGUGAAAUCUCUUGAGACUGGUCACGUGGUUGGUUCAAAGAAAGUAUUUAGCUAUGAGAAUAAAGCAUCUGUGCACCACGGUUGUUGGAUCUUGUAUGAGUUCUACCUUGAUCGAUCCCUCAGAGACAAGAAACAGAAGGUGGACGACUAUGUUCUUUGUUUGCUACGAAAGAAUGGUGAUCCCAAAUCCAAGAUCCAAAAGAAGAGAAAGCUACUUGAAGAAGAAGAGGUUCUUGAAAGCACCUACACCUGUGACGAUGGGGAGCACUCGAAUACGGAGCAAGAAGAGUUUCUUGGGCCACAAGCAAAGCGACGAGAAACCAUGUCAUCCGUUGAUAGUACGCCAGUACCGCUACCAACGCCAUCAGAAGAGGAUGCGUUCUUAGCCCAACUAGAAGAGACACUGGAAUGCUCCGAAGAUGAUCACUCUCCUUCAUCAGAAGCUGAAGCACUCCAACGAUUCGCUUUGGAGGUGCAACCAGACCCUUUUUUCGGUGACGAUCAUAUGAUGCAGCUAAUGGGAGCUGAAGCCCUAGGGGAAGUCGUUCUGUAUGGAGGGAACUGCAGUGACUCUAUGCUGGGUGAAGUACACCGACGAUUCGCUUCCGAGGUGCAACCAUACCCUUUAUUCGAUGGUGACGAUCAUAUGGUGCAGCAAAUGGGAGCCCUAGGGGAAAUCGAUCUGUAUGGAGGGAACUACAGUGACUCUAUGAUGAUGGAUGAAGCACUCCACCGAUUCCCUUCAGAGGUGAAAUCAGACCCUUUAAUCGGUGAUGAUCAUAUGGUGCAGCAAAUGGGAGCUGAAGCCCUAGGGGAAGUCGAUCCGUAUGGAGGAAUCUGCAGUGACUCUAUGCUGGAUGAAAUGCUCAUGUCUUUCGCGGAAGAGCUAACGAAUGAUGGGCAGCCAUUUGCCAUGGAAGUACUGGGAGAGUGGAAUGCUGGUUAUUCAAAUUUCGAGUACGCAGCAGUUUAG